GUUCACAGUCGCUAGAAGGGAUCAUGUAGUCCGGGCCUGUACCUCAGCAAGCAGACCGAGCUCGAGAAGAUCAUCACUAUCAUAUCAUGUGAUUCAAUGACUUCCACCAGCACCACCACUACCACCGGCUCUCUGAUCUUUAGUGGGAUCCUCUUAGCCCUCGUAGCAGCCUUCAAGUUCAAUGUCUCCUCUUCCUCACACUCGAUCCCACGCGUCGGCCCAGUCGGAACGCUAGGCUACCUUCGCACACUUCUCCGGUCGGUUUUGGAAUCGCGCCAACUAGUGAACGAAGGACUGGAACAAUUUGGCGGAGGCCCAUUCAUCCUCCCAAGCAUGACCGGGAAUGCGUCGUUCUGGGCCCGCAGCAUGUUGCAGAGGUUCGCAAGGCGGACGAAAGAAUACUCAGCGCUGAAGUGCGGAACGACGAUGUCAGUGGUGUCAACGCCUCAAUACCACUCCGCAUAGUGGCCAUCGCUUACCACCACUCUGCCACUUAGAUCUUCCAGCCCCGCGUCCUGUUCGCGGGCCUCGACACGAAUGCACACCACUUCCUCAUCCUGCUCAUGCGCUCCGCCCUGCCGCGCUCCUACACAACGCUCGUCCCGGAGCUCGUCGAUGAAGCACAGCAUGUCGUCCCGUACGCUUUCGACACCGAUACGAACUACCCACUCUGGGAAAGCGUGGUGCACUUAGUCGCCCGAGUAGCAAACCGCGCGAUAAUCGGCGUGCCGGGGUGUCGCGACGAGGCGUUUUUGGCCCUCCAGGUGGCCGUCGCGGAACAAGCGAUCCCGGUGGCACAAGUCCUACGAUGGUUCCCAGUCGUGUGUCGUCCUUUCGUUUGGAGCGUGUUUUCCGCCCUAGCUGGCAGCAGGGAGUCAUGUCUCGCGAAACUGAUGCCGUACGUCCAACAGCGAGUCGUGGAUUCGGGAAAGGAAGAUCCGGCCACAGUACUCGAUCUACUCCUCAAGCAUGCACCCGAAUCGGAGCUAUCGGAUCUGCGCACUCUUGCUUUACGUGUGACGCAUCUGAACAUGGCGGCAAUCCACACCUCCUCAAUAUUUCUGACGCACUCCCUGUUCGAGAUAGCUCGGCUCCCGGCACCACAGUUGGCACUACUGAGACAGGAGAUGGAUGAUGCAGUCGCUGCUGAGGGGGGAAUCUGCUCGAAAGCUGCACUGUCUAACUUUCAUCUCCUCGACUCGCUUCUGAAGGAGGUCGGGCGGUAUCACAUGCAGGUUUCGGUCGGUUCAUCGCGUAUGGUAAUGCAACCAAUCACCCUCUCAGAUGGCACGCUCCUGCCAGCCGGUUGCGCAGUCUCACUGGCACACGAGCCAAUUCAUUUCGACACAAAAACGUAUCCCGAUCCGUAUACAUUUAAACCGUUCCGCUUUGCCCAUCUCCGGACCGCAGACGGGGACACCACAAGCAACGUCAAGCACACAUUUACCCAUCUGGCAAAUGAGUAUAUCGUGUUUGGGACCGGGCCCCGUGCGUGUCCUGGAAGAUUCUUCGCGUCGCUGACGAUCAAGAUUCUCGUCUACGAGAUUCUACGGGAGUUUGAUUUGGCUUUUCCCGAUGGAGCAAGCACGCAGCCGCAGCCGUUCGCUUUCAACGGAUUCAUUUUGCCGAACCAGAAAGCCACGCUGCGAUUUGUGAAGCGGGAUAUGAAAUGAGAAAUCGGGUAGCGAAUCUUUGUGAGAAUGGUGGGACAUACAGAAUUAUCUAAUCCGGGGCGGAGCCGUGCCAAUAUUGACUUUCUAUCUGUCUCUUCAGUCUCG